CCGGCCGCUCGCCCUCCACCGCCUCCUCGAACGAAUCUAGGGUUCUCUCCCGCCCCGAGCUUUCUUGCUCCUCUCAAAGAGAGGACUCGCCCUGAUCUCCAACCAUGGCGACCCAGAUGAGCAAGAAGAGGAAGUUCGUGGCGGAUGGGGUGUUCUACGCGGAGCUGAACGAGUUACUGAUGAGGGAGCUCGCGGAGGACGGCUACUCUGGCGUCGAGGUCCGGGUCACGCCGAUGCGCACCGAGAUCAUCAUCCGAGCCACCAGGACCCAGAACGUUCUCGGUGAGAAGGGAAGGAGGAUAAGGGAGCUGACCUCGGUGGUCCAGAAAAGGUUCAAGUUUCCGGAGAAUAGCGUGGAACUCUAUGCCGAGAAGGUUAACAACAGAGGGCUCUGUGCCAUUGCUCAGGCUGAGUCCCUACGGUACAAGCUUCUCGGUGGCCUUGCCGUUCGAAGGGCCUGCUAUGGAGUCCUUCGCUUCGUCAUGGAAAGCGGUGCUAAAGGUUGCGAGGUCAUAGUGAGUGGAAAGCUCAGGGCACAACGUGCCAAGUCAAUGAAGUUCAAGGAUGGUUACAUGAUCUCCUCUGGUCAACCAGUUAAUGAAUACAUUGACUCAGCUGUGAGACAUGUCCUUCUUAGACAGGGAGUUCUUGGCAUCAAGGUGAAGAUCAUGCUGGAUUGGGAUCCCAAGGGGAAGCAGGGUCCCGCUACUCCAUUGCCAGAUCUUGUUACAAUUCACACCCCCAAGGAGGAAGAGGAGUUAACUCAGCCUCCUCUGAUGGUCCAGGAAAUUUAAUAGCCUCCUCUGAUGGUCUAGGAAUUUCUUUUUUUUUUUUAGUAGACUAGGGUUUUGAUUCAUCACUUCUUCAUAGGCUGAUGAACUUGGGGAAAGUCAUGGAGCUGAUUAGGCCGAUUUUUUGCAGUAUUGCUCUAUUAGGUUUAUUGGUGAUACAAUUUUGAUGAUUGAUGCAUCCUUUAUUUUGCAGUUUUGUUUUCCCGUUUUGCAGACAUGUGAUUUGAUGGUUGGCAUUAGUGAGAAGUCGAGGAUUUUGAUAGUGACCGUACUUUCUUUAAUUUGGUUUUGUUUAUGUGAUUAUCAUUAUCAGUAUCAAGUGCACCUAAUUUGGUACCUUUAGCAUACAUCAUAAUAUAUCUGAUUA